AUGAAGUCUAAUGCUAAAAAGGAUGGUCUUGAAGUAUUGAAAGCACAAUUACACCAAUAUGCUUGUAAUAAGGAGCCUUAUAAUAGAUCUUAUAUAUCAACUCUUGAUAGAACAAAGAAUCUCGAGUCAAUGGUAAAAAUAAGUUCUUAUUUAAUGUCAAAUGCUAAGCAAGAGCUACAUUAUUAUGGGUUGGAUUUAACAAAAGAAGAAUUGCAAACUAUUUUUCAAGAUAUCGAUUUAUUUUCUGAAAUUAAUGAAGAGAAUAUUAAUAAUUUAGAUAAUUUAAGUGAAUUUGCAAAUUCUUCUGAUCCUGAAAUCGAAUACCAAAACUUAGAACUUGAAAAUUUUAUAGAAUUAAAUAAGGUAGAAUCAAAUACUGAUGAUGAGAAUAUAGAUAAGAAUAAUGAAGAACUCGAUGAAGAAUUCAAUGCUGAAGAAUUUGAUGAAUACAAAUUUGGUGCAGAG